CGCCCGCGGAGAAGGAGAUCUGUCAAGGAGCCGAAGGGGGCGGGGUCGGCAGUGACCCCUGCACGUGGUGGACCCUCGGGAGCCUUGGGCCGGGAAGGAGAACAGUGCCUCGAGGGCCCCCUUUCUUGUCUCGAGCGGGGGCGACGUGGAAGCAAGUGGGGGAUGGUGGAUUCGAAAACUGCAUCUUCGCUGAGGGCAGGGAACGAGGUGUCAGCUGUGCAGUGAUUUACCUUCAAGGAAAUUGGGGAUUCAGAAAGUUGGGAGCUCCUGUGAACAUGGCGAACCUACUGAAAACAGUGGCGACUGGCUGUUCCUGCCCUUUCCUUAGCAAUUUGGGGUCCUAUAAGGUUCUACCUAGGAAGAAGGAUUUUUUACGAACAUUUCAUACUCAUCAGGCGCUGCGGUGUAAAGCCCCUGUAAAACCAGGAAUUCCAUAUAAGCAACUGACUAUUGGGGUCCCCAAAGAGAUUUUCCAAAAUGAGAAGCGAGUGGCAUUGUCUCCUGCUGGCGUUCAGGCCUUGGUCAAGCAGGGUUUUAAUAUUGUUGUGGAGUCGGGUGCUGGCGAAGCUUCCAAGUUCUCAGAUGAUCACUACAGAGCAGCAGGUGCCCAGAUCCAAGGGGCGAAGGAAGUGCUGGCUUCUGAUUUGGUGGUCAAAGUGCGAGCCCCUAUGCUUAACCCAACGUUAGGUGUUCAUGAAGCUGACCUUUUAAAAACAUCGGGAACACUGAUUAGUUUUAUUUACCCAACCCAAAAUCCAGACUUGCUAAAUAAACUUUCCAAGAGGAAAACUACAGUUCUGGCGAUGGACCAGGUUCCAAGAGUCACAAUUGCUCAGGGAUACGAUGCGCUAAGCUCCAUGGCCAACAUUGCUGGCUACAAGGCUGUUGUACUAGCAGCAAAUCAUUUUGGACGUUUUUUUACUGGUCAGAUCACAGCUGCUGGAAAAGUUCCUCCAGCUAAGAUUCUGAUAGUCGGUGGCGGUGUGGCAGGGCUGGCCUCUGCAGGUGCAGCAAAGUCGAUGGGUGCGAUUGUUCGGGGAUUUGACACAAGGGCCGCAGCUUUGGAGCAGUUCAAGUCUCUGGGUGCUGAGCCCUUAGAGGUGGACUUGAAGGAAUCUGGUGAGGGCCAAGGAGGAUAUGCAAAGGAGAUGUCCAAAGAGUUCAUUGAGGCUGAAAUGAAGCUAUUUGCUCAGCAGUGCAAGGAGGUGGAUAUCCUUAUCAGCACAGCACUUAUUCCAGGUAAAAAAGCUCCCGUUUUGUUUAGUAAAGAAAUGAUCGAGUCCAUGAAGGAAGGUUCAGUUGUUGUGGAUUUAGCUGCUGAGGCUGGUGGAAACUUUGAAACCACCAAGCCAGGAGAACUUUAUGUUCAUAAGGGGAUUACUCACAUAGGCUACACAGACCUUCCCAGCCGAAUGGCCACUCAGGCCAGCACCCUGUAUUCCAACAACAUCACCAAGCUCCUGAAGGCCAUCAGCUCUGACAAAGACAAUUUUUAUUUUGAAGUGAAAGAUGACUUUGACUUUGGUACAAUGGGUCACGUCAUUAGAGGAACUGUAGUGAUGAAGGAUGGCGAAGUGAUCUUCCCUGCUCCCACACCGAAAAAUAUUCCUCAAGGUGCCCCAGUAAAACAGAGGACAGUGGCUGAGCUGGAGGCCGAAAAAGCAGCUACUGUCACGCCCUUCAGGAAGACGAUGACAUCAGCUUCUGUAUAUACAGCAGGUCUCACUGGGAUACUGGGUUUGGGCAUUGCGGCUCCCAAUUUAGCCUUUUCCCAGAUGGUGACCACUUUUGGCUUGGCUGGCAUUGUGGGCUACCACACUGUCUGGGGAGUGACCCCCGCUCUCCACUCACCACUGAUGUCUGUGACUAAUGCAAUCUCAGGGUUGACCGCAGUUGGUGGGUUGGUGCUGAUGGGAGGACAUUUGUAUCCUUCCACAACUUCUCAGGGCCUUGCUGCUCUUGCCACAUUCAUAUCCUCAGUCAACAUUGCAGGUGGCUUUCUGGUGACUCAGAGAAUGCUGGACAUGUUCAAACGUCCCACCGACCCCCCAGAACACAAUUACCUAUAUCUGCUCCCUGCCAGUACCUUUGUUGGAGGAUACUUAGCUGCCCUCUCCAGUGGUUAUAACAUUGAACAAAUUGUGUACCUGGGCUCUGGCCUGUGCUGUGUUGGUGCCCUGGCCGGGCUUUCCACCCAGGGAACUGCGCGUCUUGGCAAUGCAUUGGGCAUGAUUGGGGUGGCUGGAGGCCUGGCAGCCACCCUUGGAGGCCUAAAACCGUGCCCAGAACUGUUAGCUCAGAUGUCUGGAGCAAUGGCUUUGGGCGGUACCAUUGGACUGACAAUUGCGAAACGCAUCCAGAUUUCUGACUUACCUCAGUUAGUUGCUGCUUUCCACAGUUUAGUGGGCUUGGCAGCUGUGCUUACGUGCAUAGCUGAGUACAUUGUAGAAUAUCCACAUUUCGCUACGGAUGCAGCAGCUAAUCUUACCAAGACCGUGGCCUACCUCGGUACUUACAUCGGUGGUGUCACGUUUAGUGGGUCUCUUGUUGCCUAUGGAAAAUUGCAGGGUAUCCUGAAAUCCGCCCCUCUCCUGCUCCCUGGAAGGCACCUACUCAAUGCUGGCCUGCUGGCUGCUAGCGUGGGUGGAAUCAUCCCGUUCAUGAUGGACCCCAGCUUCACCACUGGCAUCACCUGUCUGGGCUCUGUGUCAGCUCUGUCUGCUAUCAUGGGUGUGACUUUGACGGCUGCCAUUGGGGGUGCUGACAUGCCCGUGGUCAUCACUGUGCUGAACAGCUAUUCAGGCUGGGCCCUGUGUGCAGAGGGCUUCCUGCUCAACAACAGUCUGCUGACCAUCGUGGGUGCGCUCAUCGGCUCCUCCGGUGCGAUACUGUCCUACAUCAUGUGUGUGGCAAUGAAUCGCUCCCUGGCUAAUGUGAUUCUUGGAGGCUACGGUACCACUUCAACAGCUGGUGGAAAACCCAUGGAAAUUUCUGGCACACAUACAGAAAUCAACCUUGACAAUGCAAUUGACAUGAUUCGAGAAGCUAAUAGCAUUAUUAUUACUCCAGGCUACGGUCUCUGUGCAGCCAAAGCUCAGUACCCCAUUGCUGAUUUGGUAAAGAUGCUCUCCGAACAGGGCAAAAAAGUCAGGUUUGGAAUUCACCCAGUUGCAGGCCGGAUGCCUGGUCAGCUUAAUGUGCUGCUGGCUGAGGCUGGGGUGCCGUAUGAUAUUGUGUUGGAGAUGGAUGAGAUCAACCAUGAUUUCCCAGACACUGAUUUGGUCCUUGUAAUUGGAGCUAAUGACACUGUUAAUUCAGCGGCUCAAGAAGACCCCAACUCUAUUAUUGCAGGCAUGCCAGUCCUCGAGGUCUGGAAAUCAAAGCAGGUCAUUGUUAUGAAGAGGUCCUUAGGUGUUGGCUAUGCUGCAGUGGACAAUCCAAUCUUCUACAAACCUAACACAGCCAUGCUUCUAGGCGAUGCCAAGAAGACGUGUGAUGCCCUUCAGGCGAAAGUUAGAGAAUCCUACCAGAAGUAAAACAUAAAGAUCAAGCUGUUGUCUAACAAAGCCACCUCUUCACUUGUGGGAACAGGCAAAUAAGUUAUUAACAUAUACAGCUGAUACACAUCUAUAUCAGAGCUCUUGAAAGAAAAGGAAGACUCUGAAGAAAGCAAAGCAAAUACAGGGAAAAUUUUCAAGAGCAACAAUCCCUCAAUUUUAAAAAAAGGAUUGACAAGUCUAAAUGUCUUCCUGUGCAUAGUUUUUGUGUUAUGAAUUCCAAAAGUAUUUUACACAAGGAGAAGGAACAGCGUCAUUUUAGAUGUAAUCCAUUUGGAUUUUCCUCAACAGUCAGCAGUGUUUUAAGAAAUUAGUCUUUAUGAAUUUUUUAGGACUUACAUUAUACAUAGAUUUGAAAAAAUCUGACUCAGUGUAAACAUUACAGCCACCUGCAUUUAUGUGUUUUCAACAAAUGUGACUAAUUUGAAACUUUCAUCAACUCUUGAGCUGUCCUCUUACCAUUUAACCAUAAUCUGAAUUAAACAUAUCACAUCAGUUUCAAUUUUUCAAACUGUACUUCCGAUUCUAUAUUUCAGGGGUGUAUUUUCUCACUUCUAUUUUAAUACAUUAAAGGACUAGAUAAUCUUUCAGAGAUGCUGGAAACAAAUCAUUUGCUUUGUAUGUUUCAUUAGAACACCAAUGAAACAUAAAAUUUGAAAUCAGCAUUAAUUGUAUUUUUUAAACCCCAUUUCCAAUUGGAGAUCUCUCUAAUUUCAAUCAAUUUAUAAUGUGUAGUACUGUGUUAAGUGCACUUGAAUGGAAUUCAACUAUUUGACUAAUAAAAUGAGUUCACCAUG